AUUGCACUUCUCACCGUUCUUUGAUCUCUUCUCAAAGACUUUAAGACGCAAGUGCUGCGGUUGGAUCGAUUCACCUGCAAUUUUUUUCAGACCUAAGGACACAAGUGCUGCAAUUUUUUUUCAAACGGAGAACGCAAGCGCUGCAAUUCAUUGCAACUAUAUUUUUUUUUUAUAAUUUAUUGUUAUAGCAUCUGCCCGUAUGGACCAAGAAGAGGAGAACAAGUAUACUGAAGAUGAGAUGUGUAGGUAUGAGGAAAAGAAGACAAGAGAUCCAACUCUGAUGUCAGACCUAAUUCAUGGUAAGAGCAAAGGAGCACGCUUAGAAGUAAUGUCAAUGGCUGAAAAUGAAAGAAUAUCUUUGAUAAUGGAAGACGGUGUGUUUGGCAUGGAGCAAAACAAUUUCAUUAGCAAAAAUGAUAUCAGUCACUUUUGUUUAAUGAAUCCAAUAUCUAGUAUUUGCAUUUCUAUAUACAUGAGGCAUCUUUGGUCAGUAUUGCAACAAAAGAACAAGGGUCACCUGUAUGGAUUUGUUGAUCCAAGUCACAUCUCUCAAUCAACUGGAAAAAUUGAGGCUAGAUCAAAUGCAUUAUCACAUAGAUUUGAAUCUGCCCACUUAGACCAGUUAUUUUUUGCUCCUUAUAAUACAGGGAAUCAUUGGUUACUGGUUGUUAUCAACCCUUUGGCGGCAUUGGUGUAUUACCUUGACCCGUUGAGUGACAUGAAUGUCAAUCUUGGAAUGAAGAAUGUUAUCGAAAUUGCCAUGAAGAUAUUUUAUGCUCAAAAAGGUGUAAAUAGUCGUAAAAAAAUACAUUGGCAAGUUAUUCAGUGUCCUAGUCAAGCAAGAGUUGAGGAGUCUGGAUAUUACAUCAUGAAAUACAUGAAAGAUAUCAUUGGAACUUCAAUCAAUACAAUUAAAGAUAAGGAAAAAAAUUCAUACACCCAAGCAGAGAUUGAUGAAGUUCGAGUAGAGUGGGCAGAAGUGGUUGACUCAUAUAUCCAAGCAAAUGAAGUUUAAUAGUUAGCAUAUUUAGAUUUGAAAUAACAUAGAUGGAUAUAUGUAUAUAUGAUCGAAAUAUGAUGCGGUGGUUUUGUAUUUAAGUAGAUGUUUCAUUGGUCAACUUGAAUUGAUUUUUGGUCUACCGUACUUCUAAUUUUGGGAUUUCCCAUCUUUAAUUAUUACUUAAUGAAAUUUUGAAUUAAAG